AUGACCAAGACGGAAGAUUCAAUUGAGGCAGAAAGAAGCAAAGGAAUUUCCGCAGUCCCUUACUAUACCGUGUUACCAUCAGUUGGCAUGCUGGAAAUGAGUGAGAAAGGACAUGAACCUCUCACCAGGACGGAAGGAAACACCCUGGUCCUGGACAUGAAAAUGGCGAUAUACCGUGCGAAGGGACCUUUUAUUUGCUGCUAUAGAUCAGUAUUUCGGGAAAAUGAUGGGAAGACUGACAAUGAAGUAGGGUUUGGAAAAGUAUGCUCCAAAUUUAAUAGUACAGUUGACAUUAAAGAUGAUUUUAUAAAAGUGGAAUGCAGGCAUCCCAAUCGGACCGUGUUUUACGCUGAAUUCCACAGUUUCAUCCAUGACCACUCCAAAGUCGAAGAUCGUUGUAAAAAGCAUAAAAAUCCUGAUUACAGUGUUAUGGUUAUCGGGUUAGAUGCUCUGUCCAGAAUGAACAUGCACCGUCAGUUGACCAAAACAUACCGCUAUCUAAUCGAAAACAUGAAAGCAAUUGAGAUGUACGGUUUUAACAAAGUGGGAGAUAAUACCUUUCCGAAUCUCGUUCCUCUGCUUCUGGGCUAUGACGAAAGGGAACUGCCUGAGGUUUGCUGGAAAUCGAAUCAUGAUCCUUUGGACAAUUGUACGUUUCUAUGGAAACGAUUUGCUAGCGCAGGAUACAGAACGUUCUAUGCUGAAGACACCCCUCAUAUAUCUACUUUCAAUUAUGUCAAAACUGGAUUCCACCGUCGACCCACUGAUUAUUAUAUGCGCCCUUUCAUCCUGGCCUACGAGGAUGAACUCGGACGCAACAAACGCCUGAAUUGCCAUUUGUGUGUUGGUUCCGUGUCGGAAACUGAGGCAAUAUUGCAUUGGAACCAGCAGUUUGCAGAACACUUCAAAGACAGAGCUUAUUUUUCUUUCUCUUGGAUCAACAGCUUAACUCACGAUUUCUUAAAUAUGGGAUCAUCCGGGGAUCACAUGUACGAGGGAUUCUUUCGCACACUGCAUCAGGGAGGGUACUUGGACAGAACGAUAGUCAUAGUCAUGGGGGACCAUGGUAUGCGCUGGGGAGAGAUAAGAAAGACUUACAUUGGCAGGCUGGAAGAACGCUUGCCGAUAUUGCUCAUAGCUUUGCCAGAGAAGUUCAAGCGGGAACAUCCCACCGAAACUCGAGCACUGUUGCUCAACUCCCACAGACUCGUCACUCCGUUUGACCUCCACGCAACUCUGGUCAACAUCCUCCACCUCCAACCCGAUUGGAGCUUCUCCAAUCCGGAUAACGUGAGCGUGGAACUGUCGAAUAACUUCACAAGCCGGGCCCAGUCGUUGUUCCAGCCAGUGCCAAAAGACAGAUCGUGUGACGAUGCUUUCAUAGAAGAGCAUUGGUGCACGUGCGAGACGUCCUUACCGAUGGACAUCGACAACGAAGACGUCAAGGAAAUCGCCGAAUUUCUAGUCAUUUCUAUCAAUCGUUUGCUGUCUCCUGUUUCAAGUUCAUGUGCUAGACUCAAACUCAAGAAAAUAUCCGAUGCCCGCUUGUGGCAGCCUGCUUCGGAGCAUGAGGGACAUACUGCUGAGGACUCCGUUUACACUGUCGUAGUCCAGACAGCACCCAGUGAUGCAAUCUUUGAAGGGACGGCUAAGCUGUCCCCAGACGAAGAUCAGCCUAAGCUCCUGGGAACGAUUUCCAGGUUGAAUUUAUACGGGAAUCAAUCGUCUUGUGUUGAUGAUGCUAAAUAUAAAAAAUAUUGUUAUUGUUCAUGACACU